AUGCCAUCAGGCCAGCGGGUGUGGUAUACAGCUCACCGCCAGAGCAGCUCCACAGCCCCAGUGCCCAGAUCCCCUGGCCCAGCUGGAAGCCCCAGAUCGCCCAGUACUCCUGGCUCAGAGAAGGUAGCCUCCCCACUGGAGUGUUCCAUCUGCUUCUCAGGCUAUGACAACAUCUUCAAGACACCCAAGGAGCUCUCCUGUACUCAUGUCUUCUGCCUUGAGUGUUUGGCUAGGCUGGCUGCUGCCCAGCCUGCAGGCCGUCCUGGCAGAGAAGCUGUACCCUGCCCAUUCUGCCGGCAGCUCACCACUGUGCCUGCUGCUGGGGCUCCUGCACUGCGCACCAGCCGUGAGCUGCAGGCCAAGAUGCCAGUGCACUUGCAGAGAGAGGAGCCUGUGUGGCUUGAGGGCACCAAACUGUGUUGCCGCCCCUUGUCCACCACUUCUGGCCAAGAGGCCAGUGACUUUGUGUGUGUGGAUGUAGGCCUGAGCAAACCAGCUGAACCCACACUACCUGUACCUGUCCAGGACCCUCCCGAACCCAGACGAGGCUGGCUGGCCCGCUGCUGGACACGAUUUGGAGACUGGCGUCAGGUAGUACUGAUUUCUGUGCUGUUGCUGUUGCUAUUUUGUGUGGUACUCUGGCCUGUGCACUGUGCAUUCAAAACUGGAAAUCUGCGCUGCAUUAACCGGCCGUCUCUAGCCACUGCCACUGUCACUUCGACUACUGAUACGCUCUUUCUUGGGCUCCUAGCCAACAAAUAGGGUCAACACUUUGGCCAGGCCAACCGUCCCGCUUGCUCCAUGGAUGGAUCCCGACCUAACAAGGUCAAGAACACAGCAGCUUUGGAAGUUGGUUUCCCAGAACCAAAGACACGUAUGUGUCCCUCACUCUCUAGGGCUAGGUGCCAAUAGGAAGAAAAGGGUCUUCAAAGCCUCUAAGAAAUACAGGCAUCUAAGGGCUCCAGAAACUGCCCUCUGACCCUGCCGUACAGAUGGUCGGGUCAGGCCCUGACCUUCCUGGACACACCAAGGUCCCCAAAAGGCAAGAGUUUGACAUUCUUUCUUUUUUUUUUAAAUUAAAUUUAUUUAUUUUAUACCCUGACUGAUGUUUCCUCCCCCACUCCUUUCUUUCUCAAGACAUUUUACCAGGGUCUUUCCUAGUUCCUUUCUUUGGGAAGGGCUGGACCCUUCCACUCAGUGGGGACGCUGAGCAACUAGUUCUCUUAAUAAGAGUGACGUUGGAAAGGUAGGGCAUCUCUGCCCAUUUCACAGCAGGGACUUGUCAUCUGUCUCUGGCCAUUAUGAACGGUACAUUUCAAAAUAAAUUAUUUUGUAU